CUUUUCGUCGUACGAAUAAUGCAAGCCACUACCGUGUCUCCUCACAAUAACAGAUACAAUCACUAAUAAUAAAAUUAAUGAUUGAUCGUAUACAACCACUUUCAGAAAACGCGUUAUCAGCGCCAUGAUGUCAGAAAGUACAUGCACCCUUUCUGAUUAUCGACUUAAAAAAUCCCUAUAACACCAUUGGUUUGUUCGCGUCGCCAUGCCCCGAUAUGCUCCUACUCACUCCAAAGCACUCUAAUAGGUUAGCGUCAUCGGAAUCAACGUAUUGGAGUGCGUUGGGGUGAACAUAUAUCAUCUAAAAGUCACGUGAGUCGCAAGUGGCUCGCUCGCGCCAACUCGCUCAUGCCACGCACCUGCUUGCUCGCGCCACGCGCCAGCUCACGUCAAGUAGGGAUGCGCGAUACAUUAAAAAAUAUCGAUACUUGGUAUUGAUACGUAUUGAAUGUUUUUGUAUCGAUAUAUCCAAUACAUCAGCCUUAAAGUAUCGAUAUUUGCCAAUAUCGAUCCGAUAUCGUUAGACAUUGCUCUAGUUUACACCAGCCUAGUUUACACAGAGUACUUGAUACGCGUACCAAGCACCAUAUUCGUACUAAAUCGCUUAAUGCGCACGGUGUAAACGUUCAUGGACUAUUUUAGUACGCUCUGGUCUGGUAUUCCUGAAAUACGAAUAUCAGACCAAGUUGGUACGCGUAUCAAAAGAUUUUAGCACGCUGUAAACACUUGGUCCGUUUGGUUCGUUUGAUCGUAUAUGGACUGCGUUCCGAAAUUCACUGCCAGUACUGAAAAUCUAUAGUUUACGUUAUAUAUACUGUAGAUUUUCAGUACUAACAGUAAAUAUCUCGGAAUGCAGCCAUGGUGUAAACAGAGAUGUACCAAGCGUUUAAUCCGUACCAACUUGGUACGGGUACCAACCGAUUUAACGGUGUAAACUAGAGCAUUGACACAACAUUUGUCAAUUCUUGUAUUGGUUACAGCGUAAAUCCGAGCAGCACAUUGGUUAGUCAAUAAUUGACCAAUAGUGCACGAAUGUUAGAAUCCAUGAAUUAUGCUCUAGGGUUAAUGCAUCUACUGUCUUUUGAUCCGUGAUCUUCCACUAAAAGAAAACGUGGACGACGCCAACGACGAAGUGUAAGUAGGAGUAUUACAUCUAAUAUUUUAAAAUAUUAGUUAUUAAAAUUAUAUAACUUUUUCUAGCAUUAUGGCCGAAGAUAAAAAAAGAAUAGCAGCCCUGGAAGCCCAGGUUAAACAUUUGUUGCAGUAUAUUGCUGCAGCAAAUGUGGCCGGGCCAACAGGGCCGCACGAUACAGUAAAUGGAGCGGGGCCGAGUGAACCGGUGGCGAGCGGGUCGGAGCCGAGCGAGCCGGGGGUGAGCGAGCCGGGGAAAAGCGAGCCGGGGAAAAGCGAGCCGGAAGCGGGCCAAUCGGUGGCGAGCGAACUACAAGAAGUACCUGCGACCAACAUUCCCCGACGAUGGCAAAAAAGCCGACACAGCCGGGGGCACAGACGAGGAAAUGCAUGGCGUGGACGAGGCGGGCGAGGCGGGCGAGGCGCCCGUGGCGGAGGGACAUAUUUUCAUAAUUACAAUUUUUUUUUUUAAAUUAAAUAAUGUCUAUAUUAUAUGUGUUAUUAAAACAU